AUGUCGUCGCUCAUGCAGAAAGCGAAGAAGGCGAUGGAGGACGCGGGGAUCAAACAGAAGCUCGCGGGCGCGCUCGAGAGCGCGAAAGCGACCGCGAGCGGCGUCACGACGCUGAAGUGCUUGAAGGAGUACGACCUCGGCCCCGUCGUCGCGAGCGGCGGCCCCGGGUGUUUGUUCUCCAUCCAACACGGCGACCUUAAAAAACCGACGAAGACGAUCGCGCUCGACGCCCCGGGCGCGAAGGUCAGCGUGUGGAUCUUGGACAAGAAAUCCCUACUGGAAGGGCCGCUCGCGCACGCGAAGGAGGACGUCGAGGAACUCUUAGAGCUCGUGCGGAAGGACGCGGCGACGAUGAUCAAGAUGCUUCACCCCGGCGUGAUCAAAGUCGUCAAGUUCGAAGAAGCGAAGCACGCGCUCGCGCUCGUGACCGAGCGCGUCCUCGGGUCCUUGACGGACGUCAUCGCCAAGGGCGCGAACUUACGAGGAAAGACACGAUCGCCGCCGAAAACGCUGACGGACUUGACGUUAUCCACGACCGAGAUCAAGCACGGGACGCUGCAGCUCGCGGACGCGUUGACGUUUCUUCACGCGGACUUUGGUCUGAUUCACCGCGCGCUGUCGCCGGAGAACGCGGUGAUCACGUCGGAGGGGAACUGGAAGAUAUCCGGCGGGUUCGGGCACGCCGUGAGCGUGCACGUCGUGGCGAACCGCGACGACAUGUUUUACUGGCCGGGGGGAUAUUCCACCGGGGGGUCGGGUUCGGGACGGUCGGGCGGGUACGGCUCGUCGUCGUCGUCGUCGUAUUCGAGUUCGGGGAGACACCCCGGGGAGCCGCUCCCGACGACGCCGAGAAUGGCGUACGUCGCCCCAGAGCUCGUUCUCGGGAAAGAAGGCAGUGGCAUGAAUCCCGGGUGCGCGACGCCCGCGGUGGACAUAUUUUCCCUGGGCGCGAUCCACUACGAGCUCGUCACCGGCGGGACGCGGUGGUUGGGCGUCGCCGACGCGUCCGAGUCCGUGUCCGAGUACAGAAACGCGUUCAACCGCGCGGGGAAAGGCCCAGCGCUGAAGGGCGAGGACGCGCAAGCCGCGGCGCUCGUCGUGCAAUACAUGACCGCGGAGGCGCCGAAGACGCGCCCCGCGGCGUCCGCGCUCGCGAACGCGGCGUACUUUACCGUGGACCCGCGGAUGAAAGCUCUGCGGUCGCUGGAUAAGUUCAUCGAACUCGACGUCUUGGCGCGAGCGGGGUUCCUUCAGCAGCUGCAAGGACAGUUCGCGAUGUUCGACGAGCGCGUCCUUCGUCACCGCGUCCUCCCGCCCUUACUCGUGGAGCUCCGGACGCAGCAGCUCCAGUCCAUGGUCCUGCCGUUGAUCCUGACGCUGAGCGCGCGUCAGAGCCCCGAGGAUUUCACCGCUUCGACGCUCCCGGCGUUAUCGCCCGUGCUCGUGGAGGCGUCCGGGGACGCGCUGCUCGCGAUCCUCCGCGCGGUGCCGACGCUCGCGGGUCUCGUCACGACGCGCGAGACGUUCGAGCGGACGGUCAUGGGCGCGGUCGUCAGAGGGAUGGACGACGUCGAGAUCAGGGUGCAAGAGGAGGCGCUGAAGCAAACCGCGGCGGCGUGCGCCAAGGUCACCCCCGCGGCGGUAAAGAAGGACAUCCUUCCGAAGCUCCAGGCGACGGCGCUGAACACGACCGCGGCGGCGGUGCGCGUGAACGCGCUCGUGACCGUCGGGAAAGUGUGCGAGGGCUUGGGCCCUCCCGAGUGGGACUCCACGCUGUCGACGUUGCAUCGGCUGUUGAAGGUGGACGCGACGGCGGCGACGUUGAUGUGCGUCGCCGGCGUCGCGGAUCGCGUAUCCGCCGCGGCCGGGGACGUCCUCACGGCGUCGAGGAUCAUCCCGCUGCUCUCGCCGCUCAUGCUCGCGCCGGGGCUGAACAAGAAGCAGCUCGCGGUCGUGACGAAAAUCAUGCGGUCGAUGAUCGACCGCGUCGAGCGCGGACGGAUGCCGACGCUCAGAGACGCGCCCGCGGAGGCGGCGAGGACGCCCUCCGCGCCCUCUGCGGCGCCGUCACAGACCUCUGCGGGCUCGAGCGGCGGCGCCGUGGAUCCGUUCGCGGCGUCGACAUCGCUGGCGACGUCGGCACCGACGCCGACGCCCGCGACGCGAGCGCCGCCGACGCCCGUCGUCGCGCCGAUCGCGCCGCUGCGUCCGCCGCCGGCGAGCGCGAACCCCGUGGGCGGAAGUUUCGGUUUCGGCGGCGCGGGUUCUGCGAUCGGCGGACACGGCGGCGGCGGCGCGUUCCCACCGCCGCCGCCUCCCGCCGCGAACGACGACCUCGCGUCGCUGUUCACGGAGCCCGGGUACGUGCCUCCGCCGACGCUCGGAGGCGGCGCCGGGGACGGCUGGGACGUCGACGACGACGACUUGUUCAGCGGGCUGUCCGUGUCCGCGAACGUCCCGAGCGGGGGCGGAGGGGGUGGAGGGUCGCUGCUGUGA